UUUUGACAAAUGGGUCACUGUACAUGGUGAUGGUCUUCUCAGAUUCAAAUCACUUCAAACUCGGAGCCCUUCUAUUUUUUCUUUCGUAUUCGGCCGAAGGGACACUGACCAAACAGAUGCUGCACUGUCUAGCUCUAGAAAGAUGAAGUCCUGAGUGAUUGAAGGCUUUGAAAUGCAAACUUAUCUUGAUGGAAUCGUUGGAUGAUGGUGAUGUGAUCAUCCUAUAGAUGUUUCUAAGUGGGCAAUAUUUGUCAGGAGACAGAUGGAUGGAAUAAAGAUAAAACCUAAUGGUGGGGGUUUGGGCAUAAAGGUCUAAGAUGUUUAGAUUACACUAAAAGGUAUCUUAACUUCUAAAGUACUGCCUACUUAGAGCAAAAGUUUCUUGAGCUCUAGAACCUGAUAUUAUUGGUUGAACUGAAGUUUUAUACAUAGUUGUGGUACUUAUAUUCAGGUUAUUAGGUUAUUAUGGAGUGCAACAAAGAUGAGGCAGUUAGAGCAAAGGAAAUCGCUGAGAGAAAAUUUACAGAGAGAAAUUAUUCUGCUGCAAAGAAGUUUAUAUUGAAGGCUCAAAAUUUGUACCCUGGACUUGAUGGUCUCUCUCAAAUGAUGACAACUCUCGAAGUGUAUAUCUCUGCAGAGAAUAAGAUAAAUGGGGAAAUGGAUUGGUAUGGAAUACUUGGUGUAAAUCACUUGGCUGAUGAUGAGAAUAUUAGGAGACAAUAUAGGAAGCUGGCUCUUGUCCUCCAUCCUGAUAAAAACAAGUCACUUGGUGCCGAGGGUGCAUUUAAAUUGGUUUCAGAGGCCUGGAGUUUGUUAUCUGACAAGGGGAAGAGAUUGGCUUAUAACCAGAAGAGGGAUUUGAGAGGCGGUCGACAUAAGACUCCUACUCACACUCAUAGUACUUCAGUGCCGCCAAGUGCAAAUGGCUUUCAAAAUUUUAAUAAUGUUGCUUCUAAUGCUAGGAAUGUGCAAAGCAAGGUCCGGGUAGGGCCCACCUCAUUGCAGUCUUCUCAUAGAAAACCAGAUACUUUUUGGACUCUUUGCAACCGGUGCAAGACACAUUACGAGUACCUUAGAGUCUAUCUAAAUCAUACUCUCCUUUGCCCUAAUUGUCAUGAAGCUUUUUUGGCUGUAGAGAAGGCUCCACCUCCAAAUGUGUUCAAGUCACCUAGUUGGUCUUCUCAGCAGCAGCAUCAAAAUUCUAAACAGCAUAGUGUUAGUGGCAAUGUGUAUGGUACUGGAAGAAAUGCUAAAAAUCCUGAUACUGGGCAUUCCGUGGGUGGCAAUUCAGUUGAUAAUACAAACUUUCAGUGCGGUCCUUCCUCCAGGGCAGCUGGUGUUGGUAGCAAUUUUUCAUCAGCUUCCGCUCAUUCUGCAAAUGUGGUUCAACAAGCAAGUGAGAAAGUGAAGAGAGAUCGUGAUGAAACACAGCUAUCGGCUGAAGAGAGGAGCCACUUGCCUUCUUUGAAAAAGAAAAGAAAUGAUGACAGAAUUAGCAGCUAUGGGGUCCACAUGGCAAAUCAAAUGGCUAGAGGAGAUGGAUCAGCUGGUGUUGGUUUGCAUGAAUCAAGGAAGAGUUAUCCUGAAACUCAAAAGUUUCAUGGUCUUUAUGGUCCAUUUAUCAGGGCCAAUAGCCAGAGAGAGUUGUCAAUCUUUGAAAUUCGAAACAUGCUAAUUGAGAAGGCUCGAACUGAAAUUCGUAAGAAACUUGAAGUAUGGAGCUCAUUAACUGAAAAAUCAACUAUGAAUAAACAGUCCAAGAAGCAAAAGAAUGCGGCGAGUGACGAAACUCAUUAUGUAAAGGUUAAUGGUAAGUCUUCUGCAAAUAGUAAAGGAUGGCAUGACAGGAAGAAGCCUGAGUCAGGUUCUUUAGCUGAUAAUAGUACAGGCAGUGAGAACGUACCUGUUUCAAUUAAUGUUCCAGACCCAGAUUUUCACAAUUUUGACUUGGACCGAGCUGAGAGUUCAUUUGGGGACGAUCAAGUUUGGGCUUGUUAUGAUGAUGAUGAUGGAAUGCCUCGUUUCUACGCUCGAAUUUACAAGGUGAUUUCCCUAAGGCCAUUCAGAAUGCGUAUCAGUUGGCUCAACUCAAGAAGCAACACUGAGCUUGGCCCUAUGGACUGGAUAGGUUCAGGGUUCACAAAAACCUGUGGGGAUUUCAGGAUUGGAAGACAUGAAACCACAGGAUCAUUGAACUCAUUCUCACAUAAAGUUUGCUGGGUGAAAGGUUUACGAGGGGCAAUUAGGAUAUUUCCUCAGAAGGGGGAAGUCUGGGCGGUUUACAGGAACUGGUCUGUGGAUUGGAAUAAAGAUACACCAGAAGAAAUGAUACACAAGUACGAUAUGGUAGAAGUGCUUGAUGAUUUUAAUGAAGACCAAGGCGUGUCUGUUGCUCCUCUUGUUAAGGUUGUUGGUUUCAGGACAGUGUUCCGUAAGCACAUGGAUCCAAAAGAAGUGAGGAAGAUCCCUAAAGAAGAGAUGUUUCGCUUCUCCCAUCAGGUCCCCAAUUACUUACUUACGGGAGAAGAAGCUCAAAAUGCUCCAAAGGGUUGCCGGGAAUUGGAUCCAGCAGCAACACCUUUGGAGCUCCUCCAGAUUGACACAGAAUCUAAUCAGGCAACAGCAGGGGCGACGGUGGUAAAAACUGAAGAAGAGAUAUCUCAUAUUAACCAGGAAACUGUAGCUAAUGAGGUGGAGGACAGUUUGGAAGCUAGGAGAGUAGAAAUAGUAGCCCAGGACGAUGAACAAACUAAGAUAUCUGAUGAUGUCUCCCAGGGUAGCUAAGGAAAGCUGUCAUGGCAGAUGAUGCCAACAAAAGUAAAUCAACUAAAUGUGGAGAUUGCUCGAGGUAUACCCAAUAGGUGCAUUUUUUGAAUUCUGUCUGACCAAAAUUGUAGAGAAUUUCUUGCUUUUGUUUGGACUGGAUCCAUAGUUGCUCCAAUUGUUUAUUGGUUUUGUGGCGUUGUACUUGGGACAGUGGAAUCUCUUUAGUCUUAUCGAGAAAUUCAUCGAUGAUGACCACCAUACUUGGGACAAAAUUGAGAUCCAACUUUUCUCUAAUUACUUGAAAUUUUUGAGGGUCCAGUUAUAUGUGGCUCCUUAGCACUUAACUGAUCAAGGCCCAGUACUUAAAUGCUUCAUUUAAGGCCCACGUUUAUACUUUUGGUUCA